AUGGACGUCCAUAAAAAAAAACGCAUGGAGACUUUUGGAAACUGGAACUGUCUGACAAACAAGAAAUCAGAUGUUCAAGGAUACAGAGAGAAAAAGAAAGUGAAAAUAAGGUCGGUGUUUAGGGAUUGUGCCAAGGUCCAUGGUACAGUUCUCCUCCUCCUCCUCCUCCAAGUUCUUCUCAAGUUUGACAUCCUUCUUGCUGCCCCUUCAGUUGGACUCCAAGAGGAGAAGGGAUCUGGGCUUGAAGCCGCUGAAAAGAAGCUGGAUCUUCAGAAAGAAUUUAGCAUGAGCUUAAAACUCUCACGGCAACUUCUUCACAAAACAAAGGACCUUACAAGAGACUAUGAAUCCAGCAGUAAAAAGGAGACAUUCUGGUUCAACAUUCUUGGAGUGAUAGCUCUUUUGGACCGUUUAUCUGGAGCUGAGGUCCCUUUUAUUUCCCACCUGAAGCACCUUCCCUCAACCAGCAUUGAUUUUCACACAUGGAUCUCUCUUUCAGAUGCCAGACGCCUGUCGCAGAUAGCCAAGACCCUUUCAUUUUAUCACAGAUUGGUACAACAGCUGAGGAACUUUGAAGCAAUCAAAGAAAAUUCUGAAUUCUCCUCUCAGUUUGAAGAUAUUGAUAUUAACCUCCGAGAUCUUGGUCAUCAAGUGGAUUACCAGAUUACACUUUGGGGCCUGUCAUCUAAUAUCCAGCCUGAAUCAACUCUUCAGAUCCUUCAACACCACAGUCAGUGGACGAACCGCCAAGAAGUAUAUAUUGUCCUUCGUUCUCUCGAAAGCUUCCUGGUUCGUGUUGCACGAGAUUUUUUGAUGCUCAGGAUGAGGGUGCCCAAAGUGGCUUCACCUUCUAAGUUUUUCUAA